AUGACAAGCUACACCGCUUAUCUUCAACAUAGCUACUACGAGGACUUCUAUCCCGGUAUAAGUUUGUGGUAUCCCGGCGAGAUGGGCGACGACGACCCUAUCCCCGACAAAUACAGGAGUCUUGUACGUCCCCGUCUGCCUGCCUCCUUCUACGCCGUCACCUCACCGAUCCUCUACCCCGGACCUAUCGACGAGACCUCCAUGGAUGGGAAUGGUUAUGACCUGUCCCCGGAGGACGAUUCCGCCCCUUUUCAGAACACCUACAACGAGGCUCCGGAGAACAGUUCUACUUUAUAUCAAAACACCUACAACGCAAGUCUGGAGAUUGGGUCCACUUCACAUCAGAAUGCCUACAACGGGACCCCUGGCAGCAGUUUUACUUCAUAUCAGAAUACCCAUACCGAGUCUCCCGAGGACGUGUCCAAUCCGUAUGAGAACACCUACAACGAGGCCCCGGACACCAGUUCUACUUUAUAUCAAAACACCUACAACGCAAGUCUGGAGUAUGGAUCUACUUCACAUCAGAAUGCCUACAACGGGACCCCCGGCAGCAGUUUUACUUCAUAUCAGAAUACCCAUACCGAGUCUCCCGAGGACGUGUCUAAUCCGUAUGAGAACACCUACAACGAAGACACAGACAACUGGUCCACUUCAAACCUUAUUAGUAGAGAGUCUCAUGGGUACUUGUCCAAUCCAUAUGAGUAUGUCGACAACGAGGCCAUCGAGAGCGGGCACAUCCAGUAUGGGAACCUACAAAACCAGGGCUUGGAGAACAGGUCCAUCCCGAAUAUACACCUCUACCAGCCCCCCGACAACGCAUACUCUCAGUAUCAGGGCCUCCACAACCAGCCAUCCCACAACCUGUACACCACGAUUGGGACUUCCUACAACGAGUCUGUCUCAUAUGAGCAAGCCUACAGCGGCGGCGUCGUCUCUCACCCUGAUAGCAACAAUAGUGGUCCAACCUUCAACGAAGUCCGUGAAACAAUCAAGCAGGACAUCUACAACACCGAUCACAGCGAAGCCGACACCAUGAUAAACGGACCUAUGUACCCGGAUGUGGGAUACGAUAUGGCACGUAACAUAGCGAACGACAUCAAACCGGAGAGCAUCAAGGCUCACGUGCAUUUCAACUCGUGGACCGCGAAGUUCGAAAUCAGGAAGGUGACGAACAUAUCCGAGUCCAUUGGAGUCUGGUUCAGACAAUAUAUGGACAGGGCUUGCCUCCGUCAGUUGUUCACGCAGUCUGAGUUUACGCAGUUGGAGAUCCUUGAAGGAGAAUUGACCAAGGGCUUCGCCCAGCCCUAUUACCAUCGAUCCGUCAAACAACCAUUCCUCCAAGUCCGUACGCGCGGCCAGGAAAUGCCGCGGAUUGUCAUCGAAAUCGGCUGGAACGAGAGCAUCCAACGAAUGAGCGAAGACGUGUUUCUCUGGGGUGACGGGAGCUAUUCAACUGUGCGAGUCGUCAUCCUCGUUCAUUUCACGCGUCAUCCCGACAAGCGAGUUCAGUGCUCCCUAGAGGUUUGGAGGCCACAGAUUAUCGAAGUGCCUGAUAAUGGGGCUGUUGAGUAUCAUAGGGAUGGCAUGCAGUUGGUGCAGGUGGAGUCAAUAUUCCCGAUACCGCCAUCAAGACAACGAGAUACGGCAAUUCGUUUGACCCGUGGAGAGCUUUUCGGGAGUGCCAUGGCGCCGGGUCGGGAUUCGAAAGAUGUGUUUGAGUUCUAUAUGAACGAGUUGCAGGACCUCGUAGAAACGGAGGUCAGAGCGAAAGGACUCGUGCCGUUGGAAAAUGGGCAGACGAAUCCUGGUGAUGGGGAGAAUUAA